AUGUUCUUUGGAUCUUUUUUAAGCACGGCUGGCCAUCGCCGCAAAAUCAGUACCUCUUCAACGGCGACAUCGUGGAUCGUGGCGGACACGCUGUGGAGAUCCUGCUGUUGCUUUUCGCCAUCAAGCGAGAUUGCCCGGAGUCUCUGCAUAUUCUCCGGGGCAAUCACGAGGACACAAACUGCACCAUCCACUACGGCUUCAAGACGGAGCUGGAGUCGAAAUUCGCGGAGCACCUCUCCGCGGUUUGGAACGUUUGCACAACUACCGUUUUCCCCCUGCUGCCUAUUGCGGCAGAGACUUGGCUGGAAGGGAGAUUUGCUGCCCGGUUUACACACCAUCGAAGGAUAUAGGAUAUCCAAGCGCUGA